AUGAAGCCUAUUAUACCUGACGAGGCCAACGUGACAAGAUCGUUGGGAUGCAAUGAGGACACCACUUCGUACCUCUGGCACCUUCGACUUGGUCACAUAGGCCAUGGCGGCUUAGAAGCCAUCGUCAAGAAGGGUUAUGGCAUUGGGGUCAAUUUGGCGUCAGUAAAGCAGUGGGAGAUGUGCGAUGGCUGCGCACUGGGGAAGCAAACACGUGUAAGAUUUACAAAGUCUUCUUCUAAAUGGGACCAACAAGUGCUUGAAGUCAUUCACAGUGACGUUUGUGGACCAAUGCAGACCGCGACAUUUAGUGAAAUACGCUAUUUUGUCACGUUCAUUGACGAGUACUCCCAUUUUUGUGCUGUGUACCUGCUGAACACCAAGUCCGAAGUGUUUGACAAGUUCGCAGAUUACGUUGCGCUUACUGAGACCCAUACUGGCAAGAGGGUCAAAUGCAUUCGAAGCGACAAUGGCGGUGAAUACACUUCUGCUGCAAUGACCAACUUUUGCGCAAAGCGCGGCAUUGUACAGAAGUUCACGCCACCGUACACACCUCAGUUGAAUGGUGUUGCUGAGCGAAUGAAUCGGACUUUGGUUGAAUCGGCUCGAUGCAUGAUGGAACAUGCCGGUUUGUCGAAGUUUCAUUGGGGUGAAGCUGUUGUGACUGCCGCAUUUCUAGGCAACAGAUGUCCAACUCGAGCAACAAUGCACGACAAGUCGCCAUAUCAAGUUUGGACAGGCAAAAAGCCUUUACUGGCGAAUUUGAAAGUGUUCGGAUGCCAUGCGUAUGUUCACGUGCCGAAAGAGAAGCGAUCCAAGUUCAACGCCAGGUCAGUCCGCUGUCAAUUUCUUGGCUAUUCGGAUUAUGAAAAAGCGUAUCGAUUCGAAUACGUCGAAAGUGGUCGAUUGUUGGUUAGGCGUGAUGCACAGUUUAUGGAGAACGUGUUCGACUGCGGAAAGCACUCUGCUCAGCACGAGAUUGUGAUACAGGAUGAAGAAGAACAAGAUUCGUUACAGUCUGAUGAGACGGAUAAAGAAGAUAACGAUGAUGUGCGAAUAAAGAAGACUUUGCGCCUGGCAGCAUACGUUACAACCUCUCUCGAAGAGAUGUCAGCUGCAGCUCAAGAUUUUGAAGCGGCCUACAUCAUGGAUUCAGUGCGAGAAAUGCCGACAACAUUCAAGUCGGCUAUGGAAUCCAGUGAUGCAGGCAAGUGGAAAAAGGCAUGCGACUCAGAAAUACAGUCGUUCCAACAGAACAAGACCUAG